AUGCCACCUACCUUUGUCUCUAAGCUAAAGGAAUCGCUUUUGAAUGGCGGGCUGUCCCAAGAGACCCUCGAUAUACUGAUCUAUGGCUCACCACCUCCGUCUGAUCUCCAGAAUGACGGAAAAGCGUGUUCUGGUGACUUCCCGGAAUGCAAAGAGAAUUUGCCAGAUAGCAAAACAAACCCAACCCACAGCCACAAGCACUGGGGAACCUACGAUGAGGAUGAUGAAGAGGGUGUCCUCCUAGCCUCUCAAGAUAGUGACAGGGAUGAUUAUGAAAUUUCCUCCAGAAGUUCAGGGUCGUCGGUAGCUUCGACUUUGCAACGCACCGUCCUGCUCCGGGGCCUGCCUGAACGAGUCACCCAUAAAGAUCUUGUUGGCGCUGUAAAGGGAGGCGCUCUUCUUCAUAUUUACCUUCGAGCUCGGGAACGUAUGGCCAGCAUUUCGUUUGUUGAAGAAACAAACGCCCAGGAUUUCAUGCAGCAUGCAAAGCACCACGGAGUCUAUGUGGCUGGGAGACGUGUUGAGGCAUCGUGGAAUGACCGCCAGUUCUACCUUCCCCCAUUUGUCAGAACCAAGAUCAAUAACGGAGCUUCGCGCAAUCUGGUCAUAUACAACGUGCAGCCCAACAUCACGGAAUGGCUUGUUCGGAAGGACCUCGACCACAUCCAUAACCUGAUCGUUAUCUCGGUCAUAUUUAAACAGGGCAAUGCCUACAUAUCCACGAAUUCUGUCCAUAAUGCAUUGUUUGCACGUUCCUGCAUGAUGUCUCGCCUCACGUAUAAGGGGAUGAGAAUCGGAUUCUAUCCGGAUGAGUGCAGCGAACCUCCGACCAAGGCUCCCACGGGUCCAAAAAAGGAGCUGCAGGCCCCUUCUAAGAAAUCUGUUUCAGUACUAAAUCGGUUUCAACUUCUUUCUCUCGAUGGAGCCGAGGAAGAUGAAAGUGAACGCGAACACGAGCAAGCCGGGCUGGACAGUUACCGACACAACACCGCGCUGAAAGUGCAGCAGUAA